GGCGUAAGGAGAUCAAAGUCCGUUCGGCAGAGUCCGGUCACAGCCACCUGGAAUUGCCAAAAGGGGUUGGAUAGCUCCUUGGAGUCUGGACUCCCUUGUGAUAGACCUUGCGAUGUCGUCCAGCUUUGCCUCUUCGUUCGCGCCCUAUACCCCACCCCCAGAUGACUCUUCUUAUCGAUUGGCGCCAUCUUCGAGCUCUAAUGCGCGCCCAUGGUUUCCUGUUCACUCAUCCUCACGAGGAAUAGAGAUAUCUUACCAGUCUGGCGGCGUUCCUACAUUUAGCAAUUCAAUAAGCGGGCAUGAGGGUACCCAGGAAGAUGUUCAGCAGAACCAGUGGGAAACAAGUUAUGGGAUGCGUGUGGACGUCCUAUCAGCCUUCGCAUAUAUAUGGGGCCCAAUCUCAGCUUUGAUAUUACUUGUGCUGGAAACUCAUAAUGAUUAUGUCCGGUUUCAUGCCUACCAAUCUGCCUUGCUAAUGACACCUCUACUAUUGGUGCGCAUAUUCGCACCGCUACUUGGUUUUCCUUCAUGGGUGCAGUCAUUCCUCACCAUUGUAUUCGCGCUUUCCGCGCUUUUCAUGGCCGUACGAGCGUAUCUUGGAGCUUCGCGCGAAAGUCUUGCACGUUAUCAUCUCCCAAAAAUUGGGCCCCUCGCUGAGAGAUGGGUGUUUGAGGAAUGAGCUGCCCUCCCACAGCGACAUCAUGCACGUGUACCGGAAUCGCGCCCUUUAUCUACGUAGUAUUAAUACUUAUGGAGCUCACUUUCAGUCGGGACUCGUAUUUCAUACAGCAAACGGAUUCAAGACAUCCUUGUACAUUGUAAUCAAAGCCCACAUGAUAAUGGACA